CAUGGUUAUCGUUUCCGUUUCGCUGUCUUUCUUUCCUUUACGAAAUUCAUCGAGAGCAAGUCGACAUGAGUUCCCUUAAGUUGCAAAAAAGGCUUGCCGCCUCUGUUAUGCGAUGCGGUAAGAAAAAGGUUUGGUUGGAUCCUAAUGAAAUUAACGAAAUCGCCAACACGAAUUCUCGUCAAAACAUCCGCAAGUUGAUCAAAGAUGGUCUAAUUAUCAAGAAACCUGUCGUCGUGCACUCCCGUUAUCGGGUACGCAAGAACACAGAGGCUCGUCGCAAAGGACGUCAUUGCGGAUUUGGUAAGCGCAAGGGUACUGCAAAUGCUCGUAUGCCUACAAAGUUCUUGUGGAUGCAACGUCAACGUGUCUUGAGGCGUUUACUUAAGAAGUAUAGAGACAACAAGAAGAUUGAUCGUCACUUGUACCACGACUUGUACAUGAAGUGCAAGGGUAAUGUUUUCAAAAACAAGCGUGUGUUGAUGGAAUACAUUCACAAGAAGAAGGCGGAGAAACAACGCAGUAAAAUGCUUGCUGACCAAGCGGAGGCCAGAAGGCACAAAGUUCGCGAAGCUAGAAAACGCCGUGAAGAGAGAAUUGCUGCCAAAAAGCAGGAACUCUCCAAACUACAUGCUAAGGAAGAUGAAGUAGCUGCACAAGCGGCGACAACAGGCCCAAAAAAAUAAAAAUUAUAAAUUAUGCUGAAGAAGUGUAGAUUAAAUAUUUUUAUUAAUAGAA